GCAACAAGCUUCAACGCGCACGGAGCAGAUGUGACGGGAGCGUUUGGGCAGCACUGCCUGGUCCGUUUGUCCAAUAAUCGGUCGGAAAAAACAACAACAACACAGCCAAAGCAGCUCAGUGUUGUGAGGACUCGAAGUCUUAGUAAAUAAAACAUGGAAACUGCUGUGAUGAGCCUUCACAGCGUGUUCGAAAAUCUUCGAGCCCAUGUUGACAUCCUCAAUGAAAGCAUUGAGCCCCAGUUCAUUCAGAUGGCACUGAGUUUUGAGGACUGUCGUCGUAAAUGGCUCCGACUGGAGCAGGAUUUGGCAUCAUGUAAGGAGGUGCUUGCUAAGGUGGAGACGGAGAGAGGUGCGCUGGAGGUCAAACUCAAACAUGCCCGCAACCAAGUGGACGUGGAAAUUCGCAGGCGACAAAAAGCGGAAGCGGACUGUGAAAAGCUGGAUCGUCAGAUCCAACUGAUCCGAGAUCUGCUGGUCACAGAGGGUUCCAGUAACAGCAUCCAGCUGAAUGAUGAGCAGCGCUCAGCUUUGGCCUUCCUCAACGCACGCUCUCAGGCACCCUGCAACCUCAACAGCAGCCGAAGGCUGACCACUAUUGAUGAAUCGGCCUCAAUUUUGUCAGACAUUAGUUAUGAUAAAACCGAUGACUCACUGGAUUGGGACUCUUCUGUUGUCAGAACUGUUCGGCUGAAAAAGCGUCAGAAGAGACGCUCCUCCAGAAACCACACCGAAGGGCCUAUCGCCGCCGCCAAGAGGUCCCGCUCCACGGGCCGAACGUCAGAGAAAGGAAAUGAGUCUUUGGUGGCAAAAACCACAGUAACUGUGCCUAAAAAUGGAGGUGCCAUUGAGGCUGUUACCACUGUGGAGGCUGUGCCUUACUGGACCAGAAGUAGGAGAAAGACUGCUGCUGUGGAAUGGGACACUGUGGACACUGACUCUGUACAGUCCGUGGAUGUGUUCAAGCAGCCCCAUAAGCCUCGGAGGGAGAGCAAGGCAGAGCCCAGCACACCCCAGGGCAACGGGGUGGUCCGGCUACAUGAGUUUGUCUCAAAAACGGUGAUCAAGCCUGAAUCUUGUGUUCCGUGUGGGAAGAGGAUCAAGUUUGGCAAAAUCUCGCUGAAGUGCAGGGACUGCCGUGUGGUGACCCACCCAGAGUGUCGCGAGCGCUGUCCCCUGCCCUGCAUCCCUAACGCAGCUGGGACUCCUGUCAAGUCCGGAGAGGGCACUCUGGCAGAUUACGUAUCCUCCACGUCCCCAAUGAUACCACCGCUGGUUGUGCACUGUGUGAACGAGAUCGAGCAGAGAGGCCUGCGUGAGACCGGCUUGUACCGCCUUUCAGGAGCCGACCGGGUGGUGAAGGAGCUGAAGGAAAAAUUCAUGCGAGGGAAGACAGUUCCUCUGCUAAGCAAGGUGGAGGAUGUCCAUGCCAUCACUGGCCUCCUCAAGGACUUCCUGAGGAGCCUCAAGGAGCCUCUGCUUACCUUCCGCCUCAACCGCAGCUUCAUGGAGGCAGCGGAGCUGGCAGAUGACGGUAACUCCAUUGCUUUGAUGUACCAGACGAUUGGCGAGCUGCCCCAGGCUAAUAGGGACACGCUGGCCUUCUUGAUUAUCCACCUGCAGCGAGUUGCCCAAAGCACAGACACUAAAAUGGAUGUGACGAACCUGGCUCGGGUAUUUGGUCCAACUAUCGUGGGUCACGCGGUAGCCGAACCAGACCCAAUGACCAUCCUGCAGGACACCAAACGCCAGCCCAAAGUCGUGGAGCGCUUGCUGGGUCUGCCUGUGGAGUACUGGAGCCAGUUCUUGAUGGUGGAACAAGACCAAGCUCACAACAAUCACAUGAUCAUUGAAAAUGCCAACGUCUAUGCUACUCCUGACCAUAAAGUCAGCAUGUUUGGCCCCCUCACCACCCCGGAGCAGCAGAUGAACAAGACCCCAUCCUCCAGUUCUCUGUCCCAGCGCAUGAGGAACGCCACGCUCAAUGUCAUCACUCCCAAGUUCGGCAGCAAGAGCAAGUCCGCCGUCGGCUUCAGUCGCCAGGGGAACUUCUUCGCCUCUCCUCUCCUGAAGUAGCCGUUAGCACCAGGUUACCUGUCGCUACUCUCUGAGGAAACAGCAAUACAUAUAUUUGUGUGCUGCUCUGCACAGUUAAUCUAUGGCUAUUUUAAUACUUUUCUUUUCCAUUUUGUCAUUUAUCAUAAUCAUUUUGUAUUUUAGUUGUUUUUUAAUUGUUUGUACUAACGACAUGCUUGUAACCAAAGGGAUGGUCAAAAAAAUACACUUCCAUUAGUAUCUGCAGUUCUUUAUUGAGAAGGCCGAAACAGAGGGCAAGGUGUUUCUAAAAGAUAUCUAUAAUCAGAUUUGUAAACAUUUGACAGUAACGAGCUGCCCCCCUUUUUAAUUUUUUUUUUUGUUUGUUUUUUUUUUUUUUGUUUAA